AUGGCCCAAGGGGGGGCUGGCGACCUAGGGUUAGGUGCAGAGCUCCCUCAUGGCGGCGAGAUCCAGACGGGGCCCGGCCGCCGCCGGCGCAUGUCCUCCGUCGACGCCGCGGGUCCCCUGUGGCGCUACUCGGCGGAUCCCUGGUAUAGCUCUCAAACCUGGUACUGGGUGUGCUGGGUGCUGGUGCACAAGGUGGGCCUAGGGAGCAAAGGCGCAGCGCUGGCCAGCGCCGUCUCCUACUCCACGAACCUGGCCAUACUGUGCCUAUACACGAGGCUGUCCGGUGCCUGCAGGAGGACGUGGACUGGGUUCUCCAUGGAGGCCUUCGCCUUCAAGGAGUUGCGCCAGUUCGCGGAGCUCGCCGUCCCCUCAGCAAUGAUGGUUUGCUUGGAAUGGUGGUCGUUUGAACUGCUUGUGCUACUGUCUGGCCUUUUGCCCAAUCCUAAGCUUGAAACCUCUGUAUUGUCGAUAUGUCUUAACACCGGCACUCUCAUGUUCACCGUGCCGUCCGGUCUCUGUGCAGCCAUAAGCACACGCGUUUCCAAUGAACUUGGUGCCGGUAGGCCUCAGGUAGCGAGGCUGGCAACCAUAGUUGUCAUAUGCAUGGCCCUGUUUGCAGGCUCAGUGAUCUCCAUCACAAUGAUUUUGCUACGCAAGUCUUGGGGUUACAUGUACAGCAUUGAGGAGGAAGUCGUGACUUAUAUUGCCAGGGUGAUACCUGUCCUCGGGGUUUCUUCCUUCAUAGAUGGAAUUGACACUUCCCUUUCAGUGAGAGCUCCAUGGAUGUUAAUUUUAGCUGAAAUUUUGCAAGAAUGUGGAACACUUGAUAAGUUUACAUCUGAAUAG